UUUGUGGAGACCAUCAGUAGUAAGCAGAGUGAACUGGACACCUUCAUAGCAGAGGGCUACAAGACUGCUCUGUCUGAGGAGCGCAGGAGGUACUGUUUCCUGGUGGACAGACAGUGUGCUGUGGCCAAGAACAGCAGUGCUUACCACGGCAAGGUAAGGGUUAACACAACUGGGUCUGUGGGGUGGUUGUGUGUGUGUGUGUGUGGGGGGGGGGGGGGUGGGGGGUACGUUUGUUGUCCAGGUGGCAAUGUGAAAUGCAUGGGCUUGGUAUCUGUCUCUCUUAAUGGUGUAAUCAGUCAUGUUUUCUGCUGUUUAAUGGUCAUAUAAAUGAAUGAUAAGCCUAUACUUCUCUGUAAUAUGAUAUGUAUAACUCUGUGACCUUAGCCUGGGGUCAUCUCAUCACAACUCUAUUUGUCAAAACUGAUGAAGGUAACAUCCCAAAUGGCACCCUAUUCCCUAUGUGGUGCACUACUUUCGACCAGGGUCCUUUUUGAUAGGGUGUCAUUUGGGACAUAACCUAUAUAAUAUAUUAUAGGCUUUUUGGAGAUGUUACGGUUGGCUUUAUGAUGGAUCCAGUUGAUAUAAUAUUCAUAGUCUGGUUAAUUGCUGCAUAUUAAUAAUAACUUCAUUCCUAAGAAACUUUGUUAUGGGGAGGAGGAUAUGUAGAGAGAAGUUGUACAGGUGGGUGGGUUAGUGUAGCUGUCUCCUGGGUUUACUAGGGAGGGAGGGUUGGUGUGUGUGUGUGUGUGUGUGUGUGUGUGUGGCGGACGGGGGUAACAAGUACGUACAUACACACUCUCUAGAACAAAGACACACACUGCUGCAGACCAUUUGUAGAACAUGGAGUCCAGUUGUUUAAUCAGCACGGGGGCGUGUGUGGGAAGAGUUCACAGGCUGUGCUGAAGAGUCCUCUUGGAGAGAGGGGGAGAGAGAGAGAGGGGAUUGGGAGAGAGAGAGGGGAGAGAGAGAAGCACAGAGAAAGUGGAGAGUGGAGAGUAGAGAGAGAGAGAGAGUGAGAGAGAGUACAGCUGCCACAGCGAAGCAUCUAGAAUUUGGUGUGAGUCACCUGGUGCAGCCUGGUUGGUUCCACAACCCCUGUCCACAGGAGGGAGAGUGAAAGUUACCAGGAAAGAUGACUAGAGAUCUUCAAGGUGAUGAUGUGUGUUAGAUAAGAGCUUGGUGUUGCAGACGUUGUAAUGAAGACGACAAGGAUCUAAAGAAGUAGAUCUCUAAAUCUUUGUCAUGUGUUAUAGCUUCCAUGUAUUACACAAAUCAAUGAAUGUUGUCUAUAGCCUGAUCUGGUGUGUCUUCUAGUACAUCACAUCCACAGUGACGAUGUAGAACUUCCCUAUUCUUUAUUUGACUGAUUUCUAUCUGUCCAGGGUAAAGACCUGCUGACCCAGAAGAUCCCAGUAUGGCAGCAGGCAUGUUCAGACCCCAACAAGCUGCCAGAGCGGGCCAUGCUCCUAGCCCAGCAGAUGGGCUCUGGGUCCGGCACAGGCACUGCUUCCCUGAUCAUGGGGGGCUCCAGCCCCAUGCACACCUCCAAGUCUAACCUGUCCAACCUGGUCAUCUCUGACCCCAUCCCCGGGGCUCAGCCGCUCCCCGUCCCCCCAGAACUGGCCGUCUUCAUGGGUGGUGGGCUGGGGCACCAGGCGGUGAGUGGUGGGGUGGGUCUGGGUGAGCGGGCUGGUAAUGUUGCUGUAUGGGGAAGGUUUCUCUUACUCUGUAGGUGUUGGGAAUAUUAAUAUUCAGCUGUGAAUUGUAUUUGUAUUUAUUAAGGAUCCCCAUUAGUUCCUGCCAAGGCAGCAGCUACUCUUCCUGGGGUCCAGCAACAUUAAGGCAGUUAUAUACAAAAUAAGAGGUUUUAAAUAAUCGGAUAGAUAAAGGAAUCAGAACGGUAAAGGAAUCAGAACGGUAAAGGAAUCAGAACGGUAAAGGAAUCAGAACGGUAAAGGAAUCAGAACGGUAAAGGAAUCAGAUAUAUAAAGUACAUGGAAGCAUACAAUAUCUUUGAAGAACAGACUAACAUAACAAAAAAAUUACAUAUCCUGAAGAAAAUGUGAUGUGCAUGCUAGCUUGUGAAGGAUCGAUUGAUUGAUACUAUAGCCUGAACAUGUGAAAGUUUGUUUGGUGCCUAUAACUUGAUCGGUUCAAAUGUACUGUUGGUGGGUUAUUUUAUACAAAUGUAUGUAAAUUAAUAUAGUUAUAGUUGAUCAAAGUUUAAGAAUUGGAAGUUAGGAUAGCCUGAACAUGUAAAAGUUGGUUUGGUGAUUCUUUUUUGAACGGUUCAAGUGUUACUGUUGGUGAGUUAUUCUAUGCUAAUUUAUGCACAUUUAUAUAGUUAUAGUUGAUAACGAUCUUGAAGUUAGGAUAGUCUGAAUGUUUUAAAGUUGGUCUUAUAACUUAAUUGGCCAAGGAGCAGGACCAUUGUAAAUACCUACCACUGUUUUACAGUGGUUCUCAUUCAAACCCAUGUAAAUGUAUGCCCAUUUUAAAUGCGUAUAGUUUAAAAAGUAUAAACAGUAUAAAAAAUGUGAAUGCAAGCAAUCUAAAUUGGGUCAGUCUGAACAUCUAAACGUUAGUUUGGCAUUGAUAGCUUAAACGGUUUAAGAGCAAAGGUGAAUCCAAAUACUUCCCAUUCAAGCCAAUGGAGCUUUUAUUGACAUUUUAAAAUGGUUAUAGUUCAUAAAGUAUAAAUGUUAUCAAACAUCUGAAUACAGUUCAUCUAAGUUGGGUCAGUCUGAACAUCUCAACGUUGGUUUGGAGUUAAACGGUGAAAGAGGAGAUAAAUAUAAAUGUUUUACCAUUCAAGUCUAUGGCCCGUUUUCCCCCCAUUGAAAUGCAUUGGGAGCUCAUUUAAAUAUUGUUAUAGUUCAAAAAGUAUAAAUGCUAUCCAAAAUAUAUUUUUUCAAGCAACCCAAGUUGGGGCAGUCUGGACAUUUGGAAGUUGGUUUCGUUUUAAUAGCUUCAAUCGUUUAAGCGCUGAUAGUAAUAUGAGUAUGUAAGAAAUCUAGAGUUGUGCAUUGCUUUGCAUGCACACCUAAUUACAAUUCAUUAAUUUAUACUCUUAAUUUGAGCUCGGAUUACAGGCGAGUGUGUCUGCGAAUAAAUUGUCUCUGCUUCCUGACGUAGAGAGAGGAAACGGUAGACUAAAUCAGCCCUGUAACCUCUGGCCCUGGGUGGGGAAACAAAAUUACACAUUUACAUAUUACACUUUUAAUGAUGCACCUUAUUAAUUAGGUAGUAAACUCGUUCUGUAAGAUGAGAAGUGGAGGCUUACAUAUGACCUAUGAACAACAUCUCUAUCUGAAUAUUAAUUAUCUAACUGGAUCCUUGCCGUAGCUUGUAAUCCAUCAUUUUACUUUGUGAAUACUCCUGUAUAAUUUAUUGCCCUAUGUAGACCUUCUAGGCCAGGGAUGGGGAACUGGCAGCCCACCCUUUUGUAGGCCCCUGUAUCAAUCCCCCUCCCCCUCCCCCUCUUACUGUUGAGAGUUAGAAUAGUAGAAUAUACAAGGUGCAAUUUCUAAAUUUGGUUGUGAAUCAGCAGUUUUUCUCUUAUGUCAGUCACUGACAGUCACUCAAUUAGCCCAUGUCGAUUUACAUUUUUUAGAUUGGGAAAUUAGUCAAGCCAGCUAUCUAAACUUGUAGUAAUCGUGAUCGAAUUACCGACCGGGGAGUCCCCAUUGAUUUUGUUAGUUACUCUCUCUCAGAUAUCAUUAUUAAAAACUGCAAACAUUUCUCUCUGCCCCAUGGCAAUAUGAGUAGAAUUGCAUGAAGUUGGUAAAAUAAUUGCUAAAUCUUCUCUAUGCUCCAUGACAAAAGGUGUAGAAUUUCAGGAAAUUAACUCUUAAAACUUUUUCUCUCCGCAGUCAAGAGUGGGGGCCGCUAAAACGUUUUGCUCGCAAGGUCGCUGCAUGUGUGGGUAUGGAUGUGGGUACGCAGACCCGCGAUCCACUGCGGCCCCUCAUGAUGAGUUCAGAUUUGAUGUGUCCCGACGCCCAUCCCUGUUCUAGGCCAAACAUUGAAUGCAAGACCGUAUAUGGAUAUAUCCUGUAGCUUCUCACACACUGCCUACACACACUAUAGAUACCAGACCGUCAAUUUACAGUCUACUAAUUAUUUUUUAUUAUGUUCCGGCCUCCCGACCGUACACUCAAGAACAAAUGGGCCCAAGGCUGAAUCUAGUUGAUGAUCCCUGCUCUAGUGCAUGUUUCUGAAUGUAUAUUCCGUGUUUCCAGAGGCUGAUGGGUUCAGAUGGGAUGUCCAUGGUGAACGGUACGACAGGACUCCAUGGAGGGGAAGAGUACUGGACAGAGGGGGGUGUGUCAGUCUCCCAGCUCCAAGGAAGACCCUCCUCCCCCCAGGCCCCUUCCCUACCCCAGGGACAGGCCCCCACCCAGAGACAGGUCAGCUCAGAACACAGAAUUACAUACAGUGCAUUCGGAAAGUAUUCAGACCCCUUGACUUUUUCCACAUUUUGUUACAUUAUAACCUUAUUCUAAAAUGGAUUAAAUAGUUUUUUCCCUUCAUCAAUCUACACACAAUACCCUAUAAUGACAAAGCAAAAACAGGUUUUUAGACAUUUUAGCACAUUUAUUAAAAAUAAAAAAAUUAAAUCUAAUUUACAUAAGUAUUCAGACUCUUUACUCAGUACUUUGUUGAAGCACCUUUGGCAGCGAUUACCGCCAUGAGUCGUCUUGAUUAUGACCCUACAAGCUUGGCACACCUGUAUUUUGGGGAGUUUCUCCCAUUCUUCUCUGCAGAUCCUCUCAAGCUCUGUCAGGCUGGAUGGGGAACGUCGCUGCACAGCUAUUUUCAGGUCUCUCCAGGGAUGUUCGCUGGCUGGGCUACUCAAGGACAUUCAGAGACUUGUCCCGAAGCCACUCCUACGUUGUCUUGGCUGUUUGCUUAGGGUCGUUGUCCUGUUGGAAAGUGAACCUUCGCCCCAGUCUGAGGUCCUGAGCGCUCUAGAGCAGGUUUUCAUCAAGGAUCUCUCUGUACUUUGCUCCGUUCAUCUUUCCCUCGAUCCUGACUAGUCUCCCAGUCCCUGCCGCUGAAAAACAUCCCCACAGCAUGAUGCUGCCACCACCAUGCUUCACCAUAGGGAUGGUGCCAUGUUUCCUCCAGACAUGAUGCUUGGCAUUCAGGGCAAUGAGUUCAAUCUUGGUUUCAUCAGACCAGAGAAUCUUGUUUCUCAUGGUCUGAGAGUCUUUAGGUGCCUUUUGGCAAACUCCAAGCGGGCUGUCAUGUGCCUUUUACUGAGGAGUGGUUUCUGUCUGGCCACUCUACCAUAAAGGCCUGAUUGGUGGAGUGCUGCAGAGAUGGUUGUCCUUCUGGAAGGUUCUCCCAUCUCCACAGAGGAUCUCUGCAGCUCAGUCAGAGUGACCAUCGGGUUCUUGGUCACCUCCAUGACCAAGGCCCUUCUCCCCCGAUUGCUCAGUUUGGCCUGGCGGCCAGCUCUAAGAAGAGUCUUGGUGGUUCCAAACUUCUUCAAUUUAAGAAUGAUGGAGGCCACUGUGUUCUUGGGGACCUUCAAUGCUGCAGAAAUCUUUUGGUACCCUUCCCCAGAUCUGUGUUUCGACACAAUCCUGUCUCAGAGCUCUACGGACAAUUCCUUCGACCUCAUGGCUUGGUUUUUGCUCUAUCAACUGUAGGACCUUAUAUAGACAGGUGUGUGCCUUUCAAAUCAUGUCCAAUCAAUUGAAUUUACCACAGGUGGACUCCAAUCAAGUUGUAGAAACAUCUCAAGGAUGAUCAAUGGAAACCGGAUGCACCUGAGCUACAUUUUGAGUCUCAUAGCAAAGUGCUUGAAUAUUUAAUUUCUGUUUUUUAUUUUUUUAUAGAUUUGCACAAAAAAAUAACCUGUUUUCGCUUUGUCAUUAUGGGGUAUUGUGUGUAGAUUGAGGAUUUUUAUUUAUUUAAUCCAUUUUAGAAUAAGGCUGUAACGUAACAAAAUGUGGAGGAAGGGAUCUGAACACUUUCCGAAUGCAUUGUAGGUAGUAUAUACUGGUAGUAUAAUGUACAGUUGCUAGGUGAUGACACUUUACAAUUGGGGUCCUCCAGGGAUCCAUCUUAGUGUCUGCUAAUGCUAAAAUGUAAUGUAAAUGCAUGUCUGUUAAUAUUCAAGUGGAUGCAGAUGAUUCUGUAACUGUUAUUUCUACACUGGGUCAAAACAAGCAAUGUGAUUGGUUGAGAGGCGUUCUGUGGGAUUGGUGGUCGCUUAGGUCACCCAUUCUAACGUUCAAUCGAACAGUAACUGAAUGCCUCGAUGCUUGUCUGCCUGCUUUAUAUAGUAAGCCAUGGCUAACCAUUUUCGUGAAUGGGGUGGUGUACCUAAUAAACUGGCUACUGAGCGUAUAUAUACUGAAUGUAGAUAAUAUACAGGUCAUGCAUGUAUCUCUACGCAGGUCAGUGAGCACUACUCCAAUACCCUGCCCGUCCGCAGGCCCCAGCCUGCCAAGAACAAGACCUCUGUUGGUAAGAGAACCUAAGCUAACUCUGCUAGUCUCUGGCAGAUAACUGUAUACUGUUACGUUACUGUCUGGUAAGAGAACCUAAGCUAACUCUGCUAGUCUCUGGCAGAUAACUGUAUACUGUUACGUUACUGUCUGGUAAGAGAACCUAAGCUAACUCUGCUAGUCUCUGGCAGAUAACUGUAUACUGUUACGUUACUGUCUGGUAAUAGAACCGUAUACUGCCAGCGUCACGUACACAGGUUAGUCUCCCCAAAGCAGAUAGCAAUAACAAUGACGACAUGAAUCAGCUAGUCUUAGUAACCAAGUUAGCAACUAACAUAGCAACUUCCUUAGUAACAACUCUUACAGGAGCCACGUAGUGCUGUGUAGAGUGACACUGAUGCCCCUCCUCCUCCACCGCGGCCCCAGGUGAGACCCGUACCCUGCCCAGGUCUAGCUCCAUGGCUGCGGGGCUGGAGAAGAACGGUCGCGCCCGUGUCCAGGCCAUCUUCUCCCACGCGGCCGGAGACAACAGCACCCUGCUCAGCUUCUCUGAGGGAGAUGUCAUUACCCUGCUUGUCCCGGAGGCCCGCGAUGGAUGGCACUAUGGGGAGAAUGACAAGAACAAGAUGUAAGUGUCUCUAGUCUGGCACAGAGACAUGGAAUGAAAGCUUGUGUGUCCAGUACUGCAUAUCAGUGUUGGCUGCUGAGGGGAGGACAGCUCAUAAAAAUGUCUGGAACAGAGUGAACGGAAUGGCAUCAAACACCUGGAAACCAUGGAAACCAUGUGUUUGAUGUAUUUGAUACCAUCCCACCUAUUCAGCUCCAGCCAUUACCACAAGCCCAUCCUCCCCAAUUAAGGUGCCACCAACCUCCUGUGCUGCAUAUUAACAUGUAGACUGACAUUCAGAACUGAGGUUUUUUGCGCAAGUCUUUGAUUGACAUCAAUGCGUGAUUUCCACAGAAGUCGGGGUUAAACCGCAGAUCUCAAGAUAGGAUUCAGCUCCAAUGCAGUUUACAGCAGGCAUCAUUUUACCUCAUCUUCCCUGUUUCCCCCUUCAGGCGCGGCUGGUUCCCCUUCUCUUACACACGUGUGCUGCCAGAGAGUGAGAAGGAGAAGCUCCAGGUGAAGUAAGUAACUAAUGUCCUAGCCAGUACUAUACCGUUCAGGCUGGAACAAUAACGUGAGACAUGUCUAAAGUGUCCAGUGCCAUCUCUUCACCUCUGGACACAGUAAAUAUUGAUUUGAUUGGUUGAAUGAUUGCUGUCCCCUGCAGUCUGCACCAUGGGAAGAGCAGCAGCACCGGAAACCUGCUGGAGAGCGACAUGUCUCUGCCCAUGCCUGACUACGGCCUGACUGCCCGCCUGCUGGCACAGAGCCUGGCACAGAGCAGACCCAGACCUUACAGCAUGGCAGGCUUUGCCACACAGGUCAGUGUUAGCGAGCGCACACACAGUCGGACAGAUGCAGACAGACGGACGGACGGACACUGACACACACCUGCACACACACCAGGCCACGGCCCUACACCAUCGCAGGCUUCUCUACACAACUGAAACCGACAGCCAUAUACUUGUAAAGACACACGACACGACAAACAGAAUCUCCAACUCAGAACACGCCCUCUUCACAGUAAUCCACUGUGGUUGAUUCAGUCUGGAGAGUAGAGGUGUCUGGUCUGAUCAGUUGUCUGGAGGACUCCAGUCAGUUUGGUGUAUUGUUCUGUCAACACAAUGUAAAGUGAGGAGUGGUACUGCAGGAGAAGACAGGGAUAUAGAGUACGGACACAGCUCUGGCACCACCUGCUGGAGGCUCUUUCAAUAACUGGUUUUAUACAUGAGAGUUUCUGAAAGUACCUCAAUAAAAUAGACACAGUGUGAAUGAUCAUGCAUGACCAUACAGUUAUACAUAGUCGUGGAUAUAUCAUUAGGCCAUGCUAAUGUUAUCUUUGUAUGGUAUUAACUAUUCACUGCAGGAAUGAACUGUGUGUUAAGGAGUGUUCUAAUGUAGGAAUGAACUGUGUGUUAAGGAGGGUUCUAAUGUAGGAAUGAACUGUGUGUUAAGGAGGGUUCUAAUGUAGGAAUGAACUGUGUGUUAAGGAGGGUUCUAAUAUAGGAAUGAACUGUGAGUUAAGGAGGGUUCUAAUAUAGGAAUGAACUGUGUGUUAAGGAGGGUUCUAAUGUAGGAAUGAACUGUGUGUUAAGGAGGGUUCUAAUGUAGGAAUGAACUGUGUCAUGAUAAUGUUAUUUUCCAUUUCAGCCUGCCCUUGAGGACUAUGACAGUCGCUUUGCUGCUGCAAGGUAAGACCCUUAUUAUCAACCGCCCUGAACUACUGACCUGGUAGUUACAUUGGGUGGUAUGAAUGACUGAUCACGAUGAAGUAUGAAUGUGAACUACUGUACUGACCUGGUAGUUACAUUGGGUGGUAUGAAUGACUGAUCACUGUGAAGUAUGAAUGUGAACUACUGUACUGACCUGGUAGUUACAUUGGGUGGUAUGAAUGACUGAUCACCAUGAAGUAUGAAUGUGAACUACUAUACUGACCUGGUAGUUACAUUGGGUGGUAUGAAUGACUGAUCACCAUGAAGUAUGAAUGUGAACUACUGUACUGACCUGGUAGUUACAUUGGGUGGUAUGAAUGACUGAUCACCAUGAAGUAUGAAUGUGAACUACUGUACUGACCUGGUAGUUACAUUGGGUGGUAUGAAUGACUGAUCACCAUGAAGUAUGAAUGUGAAAUACUGUACUGACCAUGGCGGCAGGUAGCUUAGUGGUUAAGAGCGUUGUGCCAGUAACCGAAAGGUCGCUGGUUCUAAUCCCUGAGCCGACUAGGUGAAAAAUCUGUCGAUGUGCCCUUGAGCAAGGCACUUAACCCUAAUUGCUCAUGUAAGUCGCUCUGGAUAAGAGCGUCUGCUAAAUGACUAAAAUGUAAAAUGUAAAUGUAGCUACAUUGGGUGGUAUGAAUGACUGAUCAUGAUGAAGUAUGAAUGUGAACUACUGUACUGACCUGGUAGUUACAUUGGGUGCUAUGAAUGACUGAUCAUGAUGAAGUAUGAAUGUGAACUACUGUACUGACCUGGUAGUUACAUUGGGUGGUACAAGAUACACAGGACUGACUAGACUGGGUAUGCGAGUAAAAAUUAACUACAAUGAACAAAAAUAUAAUCGCAACAUGCAACAAUUUCAAAGAUUUUACUUAGUUACAGUUCAUAUAAGGAAAUCAGUCAAUUGAAAUAAAUAAAUUAGGCCCUAGUCUAUGGAUUUCACAUGACUGGGAAUACAGAUAUGCAUCUGUUGGUAACAGAUACCUUAAUUAAAAAGUAGGACCGUGGAUCAGAAAACCAGUCAGUAUCUGUAGUGACCACCAUUUGCCUCAUGCGGCGUGACACAUCUCCUUCACAUAGAGUUGAUCAGGCUGUUGAUUGUGACCUGUGGAAUGUUGUCCCACUCCUCUUCAAUGGCUGUGCAAAGUUGCUGGAUAUUGGGGGGAACUGGGACACGCUGUCGUACACGUCGAUCCAGAGCAUCCCAAACAUGCUCAAUGGGUGACAUUUCUGGUGAGUAUGCAGGCCAUGGAAGAACUGGGACUUUUUCAGCUUCCAGGAAUUGUGUACAGAUCCUUGCGACAUGGGGCCGUGCAUUAUUAUGCUGAAACAUGAGGUGAUAGCGGCAGAUGAAUGACACGACGAUGGGCCUCAGGAUCUCGGCAUGGUGUCUCUGUGCAUUCAAAUUGCCAUCGAUAAAAUGCAAUUGUGUUCGUUGUCCGUAGCUUAUGCCUGCCCAUAACCCCACCGCCACCAUGGGGCACUCUGUUCACAACGUUGUCAUCAGCAAACUGCUCGCCCACACGACGCUCUGCCAUCUGCCUGGUACAGUUAAAACCGGGAUUAAUCCGUGGAGAGACAGUUUUUUUUUCGGUUGUGCAAACCCACGGUUUCAUCAGUUUUCCAGAUGGCUGGCCCCGGACGAUCCCGCAGGUGAAGAAGCUGGAUGUGGAGGGCUUGCGUGGUUACACGUGAUCUGCGGUUGUGAGGCCGGUUGGACGUACUGCCAAAUUCUCCAAAACGACGUUGGAGGCAGCUUAUGGUAGAGCAAUGAACAUUACAGUCUCUGGCAACAGCUCUGGUGGACAUUCCUGCAGUCAGCAUGCCAAUUGCACACUCCCUCAAAACUUGGGACAUCUGUGGCAUUGUGUUGUGUGACAAAACAACACAUUUUAAAGUGGCCUUUUAUUGUCCCCAGCACAAGGUGCAGCUGUGUAAUGAUCAUGCCGUUUAAUCAGCUUCUUGAUAUGCCACACCUGUCAGGUGGAUGUGUCAUCUUGGGAAAGGAGCAAUGCUCACUAACAGUGAGGUAAACAAAUGUGUGCACAGAAUCUGAGAUAAAUAAUAUUUUUUGAGCAUAUGGAACAUUUAUGUGAUCUUUUAUUUCAGUUCAUGAAACAUGGGACCAACACUUUACAUGUUGUGUUUAUAUUUUUGUUCAGUAUAGAUCAGUAAGGACCAAUAUUGUUUUGAAGAGGAAGUUUAACUUUAGCUGUUUAGUCUGAGUUAAAACUUUGAGACAUUUCAGCUCUACAGGCUUUGGAUAGAAGUGUCUGCUAAAUGGCAUAUAUUACACUGCUCAAAAAAAAUAAAGGGAACACUUAAACAACACAAUGUAACUCCAAGUCAAUCACACUUCUGUGAAAUCAAACUGUCCACUUAGGAAGCAACACUGAUUGACAAUACAUUUCACAUGCUGUUGUGCAAAUGGAAUAGACAACAGGUGGAAAUUAUAGGCAAUUAGCAAGACACCCCCAAUAAAGGAGUGGUUUUGCAGGUGGUGACCACAGACCACUUCUCAGUUCCUAUGCUUCCUGGCUGAUGUUUUGGUCACUUUUGAAUGCUGGCGGUGCUUUCACUCUAGAGAGACGGAGUCUACAACCCACACAAGUGGCUCAGGUAGUGAAGCUCAUCCAGGAUGGCACAUCAAUGUGAGCUGUAGCAAGAAGGUUUGCUGUGUCUGUCAGCGUAGUGUCCAGAGCAUGGAGGCGCUACCAGGAGACAGGCCAGUACAUCAGGAGACGUGGAGGAGGCCGUAGGAGGGCAACAACCCAGCAGCAGGACUGCUACCUCCGCCUUUGUGCAAGGAGGAGCACUGCCAGAGCCCUGCAAAAUGACCUCCAGCAGGCCACAAAUGUGCAUGUGUCUGCUCAAACGGUCAGAAACAGACUCCAUGAGGGUGGUAUGAGGGCCCGACGUCCACAGGUGGGGGUUGUGCUUACAGCCCAACACCGUGCAGGACGUUUGGCAUUUGCCAGAGAACACCAAGAUUGGCAAAUUUCCACUGGCGCCCUGUGCUCUUCACAGAUGAAAGCAGGUUCACACUGAGCACAUGUGACAGACGUGACAGAGUCUGGAGACGCAGUGGAGAACGUUCUGCUGCCUGCAACAUCCUCCAGCAUGACCGGUUUGGCGGUGGGUCAGUCAUGGUGUGGGGGUGGUUUUUCUUUGGGGGGCCGCACAGCCCUCCAUGUGCUCGCCAGAGGUAACCUGACUGCCAUUAGGUACCGAGAUGAGAUCCUCAGACCCCUUGUGAGACCAUAUGCUGGUGCGGUUGGCCCUGGGUUCCUCCUAAUGCAAGACAAUGCUAGACCUCAUGUGGCUGGAGUGUGUCAGCAGUUCCUGCAAGAGGAAGGCAUUGAUGCUAUGGACUGGCCUGCCCGUUCCCCAGACCUGAAUCCAAUUGAGCACAUCUGGGACAUCAUGUCUUGCUCCAUCCACCAAUGCCACUCCAGGAGUUGGCGGAUGCUUUAGUCCAGGUCUGGGAGGAGAUCCCUCAGGAGACCAUCCACCACCUCAUCAGGAGCAUGCCCAGGCGUUGUAGGGAGGUCAUACAGGCACGUGGAGGCCACACACACUACUGAGCCUCAUUUUGACUUGUUUUAAGGACAUUACAUCAAAGUUGGAUCAGCCUGUAGUGUGGUUUUCCACUUUAAUUUUGAGGGUGACUCCAAAUCCAGACCUCCAUGGGUUGAUAAAUUUGAUUUCCAUUGAUAAUUUUUGUGUGAUUUUGUUGUCAGCACAUUCAACUAUGUAAAGAAAAAAGUAUUUAAUAAGAUUAUUUCAUUCAUUCAGAUCUAGGAUGUGUUAUUUUAGUGUUCCCUUUAUUGUUUUGAGCAGGACCUGAGGAAGCUUUCAUUUCUCCUCUUUUCGGCUCUUGCUUGCUUUUGCCUCAAACUCUUCUGACUCCAUAGCUGCUUUGCUGACUUGUGUUAUUUAAUGAAAACAGCAUUUCAUAGAACUAGUGUCUAGAAUGUUUAUUUUUAAACUGUUUCUGAGUCAGUGUUUGUGUCCCAAACGGCACCCUAUUCCCUACAUAGUGCACUACCCAAUGGGCCUUUUUCAGAAGUAGUUCAGUUUAUUUGGAAUAGGGUGCCAUUUGGGAUGGCGUCAGUUUCUGUAAUCCAAUCAGAAGUCAGAUCCACUGCUGUGGGAGGAAGGGAUUGUUUUAUUUCUGUCUCUGUCUGAUGACGGGAUAGGUGUGUGUGUGUGCGCGCGCGUUUUUACUUGUACGUAUGCGUGUUGUGACAGAUAUCGAAUUACAUCAUUCUGACCUCACUGUUGACGUCACUGCUUGGUGAGGCCGGAGCUCUGAUGAGCUCUGGUCUGGCGCUCCAAGUCCUUCUACAUAGAGUUUGAUAGAGAGCUCUUUUUUUGCAUUUUUGCCAAAAUGGUUUCUGUGGCAGCAUGGGUAGCGCCAUUGAGAGAUGUCUCAAUUUUAAAGGAAAACUCCACCCAAAAACGGUCCUUUUGGUAUUUGUUUCAUUAGUCCAUUGUUGACAUAGUCCCAAAAAUGUUUUGCUUGUUAGCACUCAAGUUGUUAAGAUAUGUAACUUUCAAAAUAAAGAAAUCAUCCCCGUAUGAUGCAUUUUUUUAUCAUAUGAUGCUGCUUUGUACGGGGAUGAUUUCUGUAUUUUCAAAGUUACAUAUCUUGAAAACUUGAGUGCUGACAAACAAAACAUUUUUGGGACUAUGUCAACAAUGGAGCUUUCCUUUAAAGGAAAAAAGGCAAUUUCUUCUACUUCUUCUAUUGACAGUCGGUUAACAGACUGAAAGGAUCAACACUGCCACCUGUAGUCUGUUGUCUGAUAUAAAGCCAUGGUUGGCUAUUUACUACCACCUCCAGUUAUGGAAUGUUUGUUCCGUAGUAUCAUUCAUUGGCAGAUCCCUCCUGAUGACCUGGAUGGAAUCAUGUGAUCCUUCUUUAACCCAUAGGAAGUCCCACCCAGUUGACUACUUAAAAAUGGUGAAAGUCCUCAAUGGCGCUGUGCAUGCUAAAACAGGCUUUGUUGCACUUGAGCUGUCUAUCCAAGUCUAUGGUCGUUUCACAUACUCCUUCUGUUCCUGAAUAUCUGAUUCUGGAUCAGAUCUUGUAUUUAUAGACCUAACGGCCCAGGGUGUCUCCACCCUAGAGGCUCUGUACUCAUCUUAUACCAGACCCCCACUGCCAACCACAUGACUUGGAUGACCUCAUCACAAAUGGCCUCUAGGUUACUUGGGUUGAAUUUGCAUAUUGUUCAAACAGACAAGUGAUUCUGUGAAACAUUCAAAUAUCAAUACAUUUGAUUCCUUUACCCUUCAGAAGUUAUUUUUCUGCUAUCAUCAUUAAUAUUCCGAUAGUGAUAUAGAGGCCUGGGUCGUGUUCAUUAGGUUACCAAACGGAAGGAAACUGACUGAAACAAGGAGGUACUAACCUGGACUUGUACAAUAAGAAAUGCAAAUAUCCAUUGCAAAGCGUUUUGUGUGUCCUAAUGAACAUGACCCUGAUGAGGUAAGUCCCAUCUUGGUAACUAUGGCAGCCAGGUGUGUUUUGGUGUAGGUGGGAGGGAGGUACUUGCUACUCAUGGUGAAUGUUUGAGAUGGACAACACUGCAAUCUGACUGUGCAGAAUCACUGAUCUCCAACUAACUACUGCUCACUACUCAUCAUGUGAUCAAGAUGAGUGAUUCUGUGCCUUGCCUUGUUCAAACUGAUCCCCUCAAAACACGCUGAUGGUACAGCACCCCUCUCCUCCCAAAGCCACCCCUGCCUGCCUGCCCGCCCUCCUUGCCUUGUGGCUAUCUUGUCCCUCCAUCUUCUCUCGGAGUGUGUCUAUUCUCUUCCCACCUGGCAAGCUUCCUUUCUCUUUGUUCCUUGUUCCACAGUUCUGAUCCCGAUGGCAAAUUGAUUUCGACAGUGUGAGAACAGACAGACAGAGACAGCUCCCUACCGGAUAGCACAGGGGUUUCCCGUCUCAUCUCCCUCUCUCUUCCCAGCCCCCCCUUAGUCUUCCUAGUGUCUCUCCCCCUCAGUCUCCCUGUAUCCCCCUCCUCCCCCCUGCUUCCACGCACUCCUUCUCCAAGUGGAAGAGCCCCGAGUCUCAUCCCUCCUUUCUGUCCUCUCUUCCUCUCCUCGAUCCCUCCUUCACUCCUUCCUUCCUUCCUCGGGUCGGUGGCGGUGACAGUGGCGGUUGGUGGGUGGAGGAUGAGGAGGGCGCUGAGAGGGAGAGCCAGGGAGGAGCCCGUCCACCAAUCGGCUUGCAGCGUUUCCCACUCUGA